AUGUCUUCAGAACAACUCAGUGCUAGCUCACUCUUCAGCCUCAAUGGCCUUGUUGCGGUCGUGACAGGCGGAGGUUCAGGCAUCGGCCUCAUGUUCGUCAAGGCGUUGCUCCAAAACGGUGCCGCAAAGGUCUACAUCGCUGGCAGAAGGAAGGAAAAACUGGACGAAGUCGCCAGCUCAUUGGGCGACAAGGUCGUUGGGGUUCAGUGCGACGUCACCUCCAAGUCAGAUCUGCAGAACAUGGUCUCUCAGAUUGAGAAGGACACCGGGUACGUCAACCUGUUGGUGUGCAACUCUGGUAUCGGAGGACCCCAAGUCAAGCCAAUUACUCCCGAAACAACCUUGGAAGAAUGGGCCAAGUCCAACUUUGACACUGAUUUCGGUGACUAUGUCAACACGUUCGCCAUCAACACCGCGUCGGUUUGGUUCACCAGCAUGGCCUUUCUCCUGCUUCUGAAGAAGGGCAACGAGAAGGGCAAUGUCGAGCAGACUUCACAAGUCAUCGUUACUAGCUCCAUCGCAGCAUUCAACAAGAAAGCCCCCGGCGGUUGGGCGUACGGACAGUCCAAGGCUGGAGCUGUUCUAGCAGCCAAGCAGCUUGCCGUUGCCCUUCCUCAGUGGAACAUCAGAGCCAAUUGCAUCGCUCCUGGAUUAUUCCCCAGCGAAAUGUCAGAGCCGAUCGUCAAGAUGUAUACCGAUGAGUCAGGACAGCCUGGUGCCGUACCAACAUCAAUGGCACCACUACGAAGAAUGGGAGAUGAGAAGGAUAUGUCGGGAACCUUCCUCUAUCUUGCAUCUCGAGCGGGUGGAUAUUGUAAUGGCACAGUUAUAGUCGUCGAUGGUGGUCGCUUGAGUAACUUUCCGACCACGAAUUAG